GCUGCAGGCGCGUCAGAUAGAGACGAGUUGGUAAACUAUGCGGAAUAUUUCUCUGUGACUCAACAGAAUUUAUUCGCUUCAAAGUGAUAACAAGUUCGGCGCCUGUAAGCUCAUGUCUGGCCGUGAACGGAGCUAUAUUAUCACCCACCUGCCUUUUGUUGUUUUGGAGUUGGGCUCUCGGUAUCUUUGGGCGCUUGACUGUCAGAGGAAGCUUAAUAUUUAGAUAUCUGGGCACUUUGGCACAGGAGCGGACAUUGUGCGCACUAAGUUUUGCAGGAGAGCCAACAAGUGGCUCCAAGUUGCAAGCGGGAGUGAGACAAGAUGAAAGCACGAAGUUGCUGAGUAGAAAAUAUUUUUGAAACCAACUUUUUGGGCAAGAUAUAUAUUUUUUUUCUUAUUCACUGGGACCUGAUAGCGGCACAGUCAGGAGCAGACGGCGCGUUUUGUUAAGACAAAGUGGACAGAGCUGGAGGUUCUUGUCAGGAUGAGCGGACCGGUGAUUUUCCACAUGCUGAUGGUCUUCAUGCUGGGGGCUUCAGUCGAGCUGGCACGAGCUCAGGUGGCCACCGCUAAGGUCAUGAGGGGCAACAGACGAGAUGACUUGUACCGCAAAGAGGAGAACGUCGCAGUAACAUCAGUGGGUGGAGCCAUCUACAGCCCACGAUACCCCAACGCUUACCCCCGUAACCUGCUGUUGUCAUGGAAACUGCUGUCACCGCCAGGCACCCGCAUCCACCUGGAGUUUGACGGACACUUCGGCCUGGAGGAGCCUGAGAACGGGGUGUGCAGGUAUGACUUUGUUGAAGUGGAGGACCAAUCAGAGACCAGCACUAUAAUUUGGGGUCGCUGGUGUGGGCAGAAGGCACCGCCUAGUCUCAACUCCAAAACCAACAUGCUUAGAGUCACCUUCAAGUCUGAUGACUACUUUGUUGCAAAGCCGGGAUUCAAAGUCUACUUCUCAUUAGUGUACGACUCUCCCCUCCCUGCAUCCAGUACCAACUGGGAGGCUGUCACUUUGGGAAUGUCGGACGAUGGCGUGGAUCUGGCACCAGUGGCCGUGACGGCGGUUCCUUUCUCAGUGGAGGAUUUGGACCGGACCAUCGCUGCCUUUGACACAGUGGAACAGCUUCUCCGAACCCUGAACCCUGACACCUGGAGACAGGACCUAGACAGCAUCUACACUCAAACACACAUACACUAUAGAUCCAGGGCCUAUCAUCUGGCAAGCAGGCAUAAUAAAGUUGACCUGGACCGUCUCUAUGACGACGUCAAGCGUUACAGCUGUACCCCUCGCAACUACUCUGUGAACCUCCGCGAGGAACUGAGGGCCACCAAUGCUGUCUUCUUUCCUCGCUGUCUGCUGGUGAAACGAUGCGGAGGGAACUGCGGCUGUGGCACUGAUAACUGGAACAGUGGCUGCACCUGUCAGGCUGCCAAGACCACACUCAAACUGCACGAGGUGCUGAAAUAUGCUCCAGAGGUGACUGUGCAUCAGCGCCACCGGAGGCCCCGGGUGCGUUGGGUCAUAGACGAGAUCUUCCUCACGCACCAUGACAAGUGUGAGUGUGUGUGUCCCUCCAGGCCCCCUCGCUGAGACUCUCAACCCACAGACUGACACACACACACACAUCUGGAACUUUUGGACGAGCUGUUCUUCGUUUAUUCACUUUGAAAUGAACUUCACAUUUGUAAAAGCGAUGCAGACACGCAUGCAGACACAGCAACACACCGAGAACCGGCAAUUUGAGUGACAGACCACAUCGUGUGUCAUACGUAAUGACAUGCCUUCUCACAUGCCCCACCAUACCAACCACAGUUUGUAAAGAUGAUACCUUGGAGUGCAAAAGUAUACUUCGUCACAUACAUACACACACACACACACACACACACACACACAAAUUCCAAAUUACAAUCCUUUUCUCUCACACAAAUAAACUGUAAACCUUGCUCUGUAGACAGGCCAGUGUUAUCUCUACUUAAAAAUAUUUCUGCAACUUGGGAUCUUAACUUUUCCCUGUUUAAACAGUCAUGAAGCAUCACAUCUGUGCCACAAAGGGUUAAAAUAACAGCCUGUCUUUUCCUGGAAUUAGCUCACAUUCAAUUCAGUCAACUUUUUUUCUUCAAAAUCCAAAUAUUUAAAAACUUUUAUUAUAAUAAAAAUGUCAUAAAUAAACUUAUAAAGAAAUAAUGGGAAUAAUUGCUUCAUCAGUGGCAAGUGAACUGCACUUACUUAUUAACAUUUUGAUUGAAUUACUUGAAUUGGCCCCGGUUUGAAUUGAAUUGACUCCAGUCUUAAUGUAAACAUAGUCUUUUAUUUAUGUGUCAUUAUAUUUUAACGGCCCUGUUCCUAGAAACUUGAUGCGAUUCUCCUGCCAGAAGCUCAGUGAGCUGAGAGAGUGUGAGACAGAAGGAAGGAUGGAGGAAGUGAAAACCAAAAUAACACAUUAUCUUGCUGUGGAAUUAGGCUAACCGCAACGCUCUGGCUUCUCAAUUGCACAAACACACUGGCAUACUCGCACCCACACACACACACACACAUACAAUGCACGAUACACACUAGACACCGUGGUUUCCACUCCUAUGGAAAGCUGUAGUUAUUUAUACACAAUUCUUCAUUGCCCUGUUUUCCUGUGAAGUCCUUUGUUGUGCAACUUCAUUGCCUCUGAUAAAAGAAUGCGUUGGAGGAAUACACCGCCCCGUUCCCAAAUGUUCACACUCUGUGUUUUCUGUACCUCCAUCCUUGCCUGGGUCUCAUUCCUUCCCUCCCUCUCCCUCCUUUCCUUGCUCUCUCGCUGCCCUCCUCUUUUCCCUCUGUCUCUCUCUCUCUCUCUCUGUCUCCCUUCAUCCCUUGUGCCCUAACACAUCAAAGGAGAUUUCGGAUCAGGCCGUAGUGCUCAGCCUAAUGUUCCGAGCGUUCCUUGCAUUCCUGCUCCCAACCGGAAUUCUGCUAACACGGAUAAAACCAUGACCUUCCCUCAGACCCCCAAACAAAUAACAGAGGACAGAGAGAGGGAAACUCAGAGAGAAGGAGGUCUAGUCCAGUCAGGCAAUGCCACAGAAAGGUUGCUCUAGAAGACUCCUUAGAGCGCAGCCACUUCUAACUGAGUGGUUUUGUUGCAGGAAUAUUUUAAUCUUGCCUGGUCUUUUAUUUUUUUGUCUUUGAGAAGAUGCACACAUGCAUCAUGAGCUGAACCACCGGCCUACGUAGAUCAGGAUUCUGAACCUGAAAAUGAGAUCUGUGAUUGUGCGGUUGGAAUGAAAGAGAGCGAUGUUCUUGGUGCGGUAACCUCCUGUGUUUGUUGAAAAUAUAACUGAUACUUUAACAUUCCUUUACUUAAAUGUGUGUGUGUGUGUGUGUGUGUGUGUGUGUGUGUGUGUGCAUGCGUCAGUCUGCCUGUAACAGUUCAGGAAGGCCUCCUUUUGUUUAAGGGGUGGAGGGUUACCAACAGUCUGUGAGAGCUGGCAGUGGCCAUAAGGAUGUGAAUGGUGGGCAUGUGACUGCGUGUGUGUCUGUGUGUGUGUGUGUGUGUGUGUGUGUGUGUGUGGGUACACUAUCAACGGCCCUAGAACAAGAAUUCAUAUCUAAAAUGGCUGCCAACAAAAACUGCAGUGACCUCUCUUUGUUAUUUCUAUCCACAUGACCCGACUGUGAGAAACAGAUACUUUGGCUCUAUCGUCUCUCCACCUUUGUCUUGUGUGUCUCCCUCUGCUGUGGUGAGCACACACACACAGGCACACACACACGUACACACACACACACCUUACAUAUAAAGCAGGUCACACAAUCAGACAGAAAUCUAACACUUUGAUUCAUGUGAAAGUUAAUUCUGCCGUUAAAGGAGGAUUUUCUGCUUUGCCUUCCCCCCAAACACAGACGAGGAGAGUGAUUGGACUCUGAGGCAAAUCUCAGGUCACAGUGAAACUCAAUCCGCCAUGUGCAGGCGGCACUUUUAUGUGCACAUAUAUGGGUGUAGGUCAUGGGUAUCAGAAGCAGCUGUGGCUUCACAAACCUCCACCACAGCCUUAAAUAUUCAACCUUUUUUUUAUGAGUGUGUCAAACUAUCUGGUAGCCACAUUUCCAAGUGAUUCAUCCUAGAACGCACACACAGAAACAUUAAAUCUAAUGAAGCAUGGAGUUGUUUUUCUUCUGUAGUUCAUUGCAGAGAGCAGCCUUAUUAUCCUCACUCAGUAAGCAAGCUCCUUACGCAAGCGUUCUCCUGCUGUUCACUUGUGAGGUUUUCUCCCGCUCCUAUAGCGACAUAUUCUGAGACACAAAGCAUGCACAGAGAGCCGUAUAAGAAGAAGUGGGUGUUUUGUUCACAGUUAACAAAGAGGAUGAAGGACAGGUAAACUGUUAUUUCCCUCUCACAGUAGAUCAUGAGAGGGACCAUGCUUCAAUAAUGUGUCAUUUUUCAUGAUGCUUUCCUGCAAAAUUUAUAGUUGCUGAUUUAUGUGUUGUACAUCUAUAGUAUGUCCAAGGUGUGUGUGUGUGUGUGUGUGUGUGUGUGUGCAUCCUGUGUCUGCCAGUUUGCCCGUUUUAUCAGCACAUUCCACUGUUGCGUGCGCCAAAGUGACAUUCCUCUUUUUCCUCAUCGCUGAUUUGUUUUUCUGCCCCAAGUUGACUCAUGAUUUACAGUACAAUCAAAUUUAUUUAAACCUCAGAUAUUUAAACCAACCCGUGUAAUUGUAGGGAUUUCCUCGGUUUAUGCAGAACAUGCCAACUAAACGAAGUAAAACCCCACAUUAGACCUUAGAGGAGAUUUCAGACUAUGCGCGUAGACGUAUUUCGAAAACCUUGAAUAAGCUUUGGUUCAGAAUUUCUGCUCCUCCUUUCCUGAGGGUUUCAAUUAAACAAAGUUCUACUGUAAUGCUUUCCAUCCAGAGAAAAGUUGUGAUGUUAGUUUGAACUAAAAAUGUCCAGCCUGCCUUCACUCAGUAAGAUAUUCAUGACGAAACCGUAUGCUUUACCUUAAUAAUUUAUUGUGUCUUUCUCUGUUGUUUUAUUAAAGAUAUCAGC